AUGGAUUCUAAUGACAAUGAUGAAUUUUUAGAAACCGAACAACUUAAAAAGAUUGGUAUAGCAACACUAGAUGACACAUUUAACAACAAUAAAGACAACAAGUUAUACAAAAUACGCGAUAAAUCAUACGCAAUUGCACAAAAGCUAAAAAAUUUAUCAAAAUCUGAAAUUGAUAUAGCCAAACAAAAUAUUUAUAAAAUUCAAAAAGAGUUUGCUUUACAAUAUCCGUCACUUUUUAACAGCAGUCCUUUUCUUAUUUACUGUCAUGUUGAUCUAGACUCAUUUUACGCUAGUUGUGAAUCAUUAGAUCAUCCAGAAUACAAAUCAAUACCGUUGGCCGUUGGUAGUAUGAAUAUGCUUACUACUAGUAAUUAUGUAGCAAGAAAGUAUGGUGUAAAGGCCGGCAUGCCAGGAUAUAUUGGUAAACAGUUAUGUCCUACCCUCAAAAUAGUUAAAUGCGACUUUGCAAAGUAUAAUUAUUAUAGUGAACGUGUUAUGAGUGUCCUUUCUAUUUUUGACGAAGAUAUAGAAAUUUACGGCGUAGACGAGGCGUGUUUAGUAUUUGACGAUUCUAAAUAUAAGAAGGCAGUUAUGAAACUUAAUGACAUUGGAUAUAAUAUAUCUGUUUUGAAUCAAGAAGCAUCUAAAGUUCGUGUUUCGCCUAAAAUAGUUGGAUUUGACCAACAUUAUAGCAGCACAAAUAAUUCAUAUAAAAUUUUUACACCGCAAAACGACUCAAUUUACACACCAAUUACAGACACAAAAUUUUCAUUUAGGAAUAUUAGAAAAUUGGUUGACAAUAUAAGAACACUAGUUUUUAUUAGUACAGGGCUGACAAUAUCAAGUGGUAUAUCUGUUACCAGAGGAUUAUCUAAGUAUGCAUGUGGUAUUAAUAAGCCAAAUGGAUCAUUUGUUAUAGAUAAAAAUUUUGAUUCACAUAUUCUUGAUCUUGAAACUGAUAAAAUUAACGGCAUAGGAUUAGCAACGAAAGAAUUACUACUUAAAGCAUAUAAUAUUAAGUAUAUUAAAGAGUUAAGAGACAAUCUUCAUUUUAUUUACUUAACCUUGCCAUAUAAAUCUUUUAUUAAUUUAUUCAAUUUAUCUUAUGGACUUUCAGUAUUUGAUUUCAGUGAUAGAAGUAAUAAACCCGUAAAAUCUAUUGGUAUGAAUACUUCUUUUAGACCCACUACAGAUUUCUCAGAUAUUUGUACUGUAUUGUGGUGCCUAUGUACAUCACUUUGUACAAAACUUAAAUCUAAAUCUUUAGUAUGUAGUACAAUUACUCUACACUAUAAAUUCUCUUCAUUUAGUAGUAGAACUAAACAGUCUAAAACAAGCAAACUUAUUGAUGAUCCGGUACAGCUAUUUAAUAUUUGUUAUGAUUUAUUAUUAGCUAGUAAAGUUAUAUUGGAUACAAAGAUUGUUCCUAAUAAAAUAAGGUUAUUAGGAGUUUCUUGUAGCCUUUUAACAAGUGUAAAUAAAAAAGGGAUGUACAUUUUUACUAGUACAGUGUAUAAUUUCAAAGUUUGUCCUAUUUGUAAAAAAGAGUCGAUACACUUAAAUAAUUUUAUGUUUGAGUGUCAUGUUAAUAGUUGUUUGAAUAGUAAAGAAAAAGAGAAUGCGAAACUUAAGAAUACAUUAGAUUUUUAUGUUAAGAAAACAUAG